CAAAACCACAUUUAUUUUUAGCAGCCAAUUGAAGAUGAAGGAGGAGGGAAAAUAAACUGGAAAAAAAACCCAAAAAAACCGGAAUUUUGUCCCUUUUGGAGUCAGAAUCACCUUGGAGCUGCAGAAAUGAGAGGUGUGGGGAACCAGGGGCUGCUCCUGGCGCUGAUCCUGCUCCCAGGGCUCGCUGGGGGGUUCAACAUCGACGUGGGGCGUCCCAGGCUCUUCCGGGGGCCACCGGAGUCCCAGUUUGGCUACCGGGUGCUGCAGCGGGGGGGCCGCGGGGACACGUGGUGAGUGACACAUGGAGCCCCCCAUGACCCAGAGCCUGCUGAAGUUUUGGGGUCCCCCCCGAGGUGCUGACCCCGUUUUUGUCCCCGUUGUCCCCAAGGCGCCGAAAUCCCGUGGCUCAGCAGCAGCGCCGGCCACCUCGGCAUGACUCUGUCGGACUCCGAGGACGGCGGCUUUGUGGCGUGCGCCCCGCUUUGGUCCCAGGAAUGUGGCACCUCCGUGUUCAGCACCGGCCGCUGCGUCCGGCUCGACGAGGAGCUCCGGCCGGUGGGCACCGUGGCGCCCACAGCCCAGCGUUGUCCUACCUUCAUGGACAUCGUCCUGGUGCUGGAUGGCUCCAACAGCAUCUACCCCUGGGAGGAGGUGCAGGCCUUCCUGGGGAACAUCCUGGGGCGCUUCUUCAUCGGGCCUGGGCAGACACAGGUCAGGGUGGGGCGCCUUGGUGGCACCGCGGUGGAUGUCCCUGUGCUGGGGGAGCACCCCACGGCCCAGAGCCUGCUGGAGGCCGCGCGGAACCUGACACGGCAGGAGGGGAGGGAGACCAGGACAGCCAUGGCCAUCCGGGAGGCAUGCACCGAGUCCUUCAGCGAGGCGCGGGGCGGGCGCCCGGGGGCGGCGCGGCUGCUGCUGGUGGUGACGGACGGCGAGUCCCACGACGGCGACGAGCUGCCCGCGGCGCUGGCCGAGUGCGACCGGCGCAACGUCACCCGCUACGCCAUCGCCGUGCUGGGGCAUUACCUGCGGCGGCAGCAGGACCCCGAGGAUUUCAUCCGGGAGAUCAAGACCAUCGCCAGCGACCCCGACGAGAAGUAUUUCUUCAACGUCACCGACGAGGCUGCCCUCAAUGACAUCGUGGAUGCUCUGGGAGAUCGGAUCUUCAGCCUGGAAGGCACCCACGGCGACAACGAGAGCGCCUUCGAGCUGGAGAUGUCCCAGAUCGGCUUUUCCGUCCACCACCUCGAGGACGGGAUCCUCUUUGGCAUGGUCGGAGCCCACGACUGGGAGGGAGGAGUGCUGCAGGAGAGGCAGCGCGGCCGCGUGGUCCCGGCCCGCGAGGCCUUCCAGGAGGAAUUCCCGCUGCAGCUGCGGAACCACGCGGCCUACCUGGGGUACUCGGUGUCCUCGCUGCAGCUCCCGGGGGGGCAGCGCCUCUUGGUGGCCGGUGCCCCCCGAUUCCAGCACAAGGGCAAGGUCGUCCUCUUCCAGCUGGACCCCCGGGGGACCGUGACGGUGGCCCAGGCGCUCGUGGGGGACCAGAUCGGCUCCUACUUCGGCAGCGAGGUGCUGGCCCUGGACCUGGAGGGAGAUGGGGACAGUGAGCUGCUGCUGGUGGCAGCGCCCUCCUACCUGGGGGGGCAGAGCUGGGAGACCGGGAGGGUCUACGUGUACCGUGUGGGGCAGGACCGCCUGAGCCCCGCGGGCUCGCUGCUCCCGGAGCCGCGGCCGCAGGAUUGCCGGUUCGGCUCGGCGCUGGGCGCGGUGCCCAACCUGAGCCAGGACGGGCUGGCGGGGGCCGUGGUGGGCGCGCCGCUGGAGGACGGGCACCGAGGGGCGCUCUACGUGUUCCACAUCGCCCCCCGCUCGCUGCUGCCCCGCCGCGCGCAGCGCGUGGGGGCGGCGGCGCUGGGCUGGAGCCUCCGCUACUUCGGGAUCAGCGUGGACGGACGGGUGGACAUGGACGGGGACGGACUGGUGGACGUGGCCGUGGGGGCUCGGGGGGCGGCCGUGGUGCUGCGGUGA